CGAAAAUGAAUUUAUUCUACAAAUCAUAAAGAUAUUGGAACAUUAUAUUUUAUUUUUGGUAUUUGAUCAGGAAUAAUUGGAACAUCUUUAAGACUUUUAAUUCGAGCUGAAUUAGGAAAUCCAGGAUCAUUAAUUGGAGAUGAUCAAAUUUAUAAUACUAUUGUAACAGCACAUGCUUUUAUUAUAAUUUUUUUUAUAGUUAUACCUAUUAUAAUUGGAGGAUUUGGAAAUUGAUUAGUUCCUCUUAUACUAGGAGCACCAGAUAUAGCAUUCCCACGAAUAAAUAAUAUAAGAUUUUGACUCCUACCCCCCUCCCUUAUAUUAUUAAUUUCAAGAAGAAUUGUAGAAAAUGGUGCAGGAACAGGAUGAACAGUUUACCCCCCACUUUCAUCUAAUAUCGCACAUAGAGGAAGAUCCGUAGAUCUUGCUAUUUUUUCACUACAUUUAGCAGGUAUUUCAUCAAUUAUAGGAGCAAUUAAUUUUAUUACAACAAUAAUUAAUAUACGAUUAAAUAAUAUAUCAUUUGAUCAAUUACCCUUAUUUGUAUGAGCUGUAGGGAUUACAGCAUUUUUAUUAUUAUUAUCACUACCUGUUUUAGCUGGAGCUAUUACAAUAUUAUUAACAGAUCGAAACUUAAAUACAUCAUUUUUUGAUCCUGCUGGAGGAGGAGACCCAAUUUUAUAUCAACAUUUAUUUUGAUUUUUUGGACAUCCUGAAGUUUAUAUUUUAAUUUUACCAGGAUUUGGUAUAAUUUCUCAUAUUAUUUCACAAGAAAGAGGAAAAAAAGAAACUUUUGGUUGUUUAGGAAUAAUUUAUGCUAUACUAGCAAUUGGGUUAUUAGGAUUCAUUGUUUGAGCUCAUCAUAUAUUCACUGUAGGUAUAGAUAUUGAUACACGAGCAUAUUUUACUUCAGCUACUAUAAUUAUUGCUGUACCAACAGGAAUUAAAAUUUUUAGAUGACUAGCUACAAUACAUGGAACUCAAAUUAAUUAUAACCCUAAUAUUUUAUGAAGAUUAGGUUUUGUAUUUUUAUUCACAGUAGGAGGAUUAACAGGUGUAAUUUUAGCCAAUUCUUCUAUUGAUAUUACAUUACAUGAUACUUAUUAUGUAGUAGCUCAUUUUCAUUAUGUUCUAUCAAUAGGAGCAGUAUUUGCAAUUAUUGGGGGAUUUAUUAACUGAUAUCCUUUAUUUACAGGCCUUUCAUUAAAUUCUUAUAUACUAAAAAUUCAAUUUUUUACAAUAUUUAUUGGAGUAAAUAUAACAUUUUUUCCACAACAUUUUUUAGGUUUAGCUGGAAUACCUCGACGAUAUUCAGAUUAUCCAGACUCAUAUAUUUCAUGAAAUAUAAUUUCUUCAUUAGGUUCAUAUAUUUCUCUAUUAUCAGUAAUAAUAAUAUUAAUUAUUAUUUGAGAAUCAAUAAUUAACCAACGAAUUAACUUAUUUUCUUUAAAUCUCCCAUCAUCAAUUGAAUGAUAUCAAAAUUUACCACCAGCAGAACAUUCAUAUAAUGAACUACCAAUUUUAAGAAAUU